AUGUUCCGAUCGGUUAUAACCUCUACAAUUACACUCAAACGAAGCAUGAAUCGCACGAAGCGGUCGGCUUCUGCGGGCCAAUUUCUCGUCCUUCAAAAAUCCUUCGUUGUCCAUCGUAAAUUUCCACGACAUACGAGUAACCCUGAGCAAAAGAAACUGAAGAUGAAGUUGUCCCUUCGCUCCUCCCUCGAAGCUGUGCUUAUCUCAUACACACCAAAAAACUCCUCAUAUCGAGUGGAACACCUCGCUGCUAACCCACUGGACGCGCGAUCCGACCGAAUCGUGCCUGGUUUCAUAUUACCUGCCGCGAAAUCGACAGAGCCAAGUCCGAAUCCGACUCCACCUCCACCACCUGCUACCGUUACAAUCACGAGCAUCAGCACCAGCACCAGCCUGAUCACCACUACCGUCGAUGUAACCGUGAACGCAACCUACUACGUCACCGACACUGAGACUUUCACCACGGCGAUUCCGACCACAUCAUUGACAACAAGCGUUACGAAUAGUACCGUGACCAUCACCCCAACACGAGCAGGACCAACACACGCAUCUAGUAUGUCAGCGGUACCAGAUGCGAAGAAGCCUGUGUCAGCGUCAGGAGUGCUGGCAAUCAUCUCCGGGGUCACGAAUCUCGCGCUGCUACUGGCGAUGUUUUUCCUUGUACGGAGGUUCUACAGGAUGUACCGCCAGGAGCGGGUCCUGCGCAAGCAGAUGCAGACCGAGGGAGUAGAGCUGAAGCAGGCGGGGGCGAAAGAUGAUGAGUGGUGGGUGACGGCGCAGCAGUAA